AUGGUCAUGGCGCCGUCAAAAGAAGUCGCCGUCGCCGGCUCUAAUGCCAUGGACUCUGUCGACCCCGAUCAGACCCUCAAGGCUUCCAAGGCUCUCCUCGCCCACAUCAAGAAGGCGGCAAAGGAGAGCAGCGGGGAAUCAAGCAAGAAGAACCUGCUCGACGACGAGGACGACGAAGACCUUUCCGACAUGCCCAUCUGGCUGACGCUCACGACGAAGCGCCACAUCACCGACAAGGCGCGCCUGCAGCCAGGCAAGAUUCCGUUGCCGCAUUCGCUCAACGGCGACGGUCAGCCGACGACCAUUUGCGCCAUCGUCGCGGACCCCCAGCGUGCGUACAAGAACGUCAUCGGCUCCGAAGAGUUCCCCGCCGCGCUCGCCAAGCGCAUCACGCGCGUCAUCGACUUUUCCAAACUCAAGGCCAAGUACGGCCAGUACGAGGCCCAGCGCAAGCUCUUCUCCGAGCAUGACAUCUUCCUCGCCGACGAGCGCAUCAUCAACCGGCUGCCCAAGGUGCUCGGCAAGACGUUCUACAAGACGUCCCUCAAGCGGCCGAUACCGGUCGCGUUGGAGGCCAAGCGACGAAAGGUGGACGGCAAGCGGCCGAAGCGCGACAAGACGAACGAGGACGACCUCAACGUCGGCACCGCGGCCGACAUUGCGAAGGAAGUGGAAAAGGCGCUAAGCUCCGCUCUCGUCAGCCUCUCGCCGUCGACAAACACGGCCGUCCGUGUCGGUUACGCGGCUUGGACGGCCCAGCAGAUCGCCGAGAACGUCGAAGUGGUGACCAAGGCUCUCGUCGAGAAAUGGGUGCCGCAGAAGUGGCGCAACGUCAAAAGCGUUCACAUCAAGGGUCCCACAACGGCCGCCCUGCCCAUCUGGCUGACGGACGAGCUAUGGCUCGACGACAUGGACGUUAUCGCCGACGAGGCCGGCUCGGCACAGGCUCUGGAGAAGGCCAACGUGGGCAAGAAGCGCAAGUCCCUCGAGGGUGCUCGUCCGGAAACGGAUUCGCCCGCGGCCAAGAAGGCGAAGAAGGCUGCACCUAAGACCGAGGGCGACGACGAAGUGCUCGAUCAGCAGAUCGCCAAGCGCAAGGCAUCGUUGCGGAAACAAAAGGCGGCAGCCAAGAAGGCGAUUGAGUGA